CCGUUGUUUACCAUGGCGACGGGGACGCUACCAUUUGCUGUUAACACGUACAAAGGGCCGCUAACAUUAUUUCUUUUAAUAUGCUUAGAUGUACUUAAUUGCCAGCAGUUUAUCAUCUCCUUUAAGGCUCCUACAGACUGUAGUGUGGACGAAUUUUUUGAUAUCUCGAGUCUCUCCUGUGUGAGGUGCGGUCCAAAUCAGCGACGGAGCACAACAGGAUUGAGCUGCAUUUGCAAAACUGGCUACCAAACUCUCACCACUGAUAAGGCGUCCAUUACUUGUCAACAAUGUCCCACUGACAAGCCUGCAGUAACUAAAGAUGGGUUUGGGUGUAUUCGCUGUCCAGGCAGUCUCACUGAUGAGGGCCAGUGCCAGUGCCCACCAGGCAAUGUCCUGGUGGAGAGAGAUGUCAUUGGAAAUCUUUUGGAUGAGGCCAGAUGUGAAACCUGUAAUGGAAAUGCCCCUGCUUUGUCUGUACCAAACAUCAGUGGAGACCGGUGUGAGAGAUGUCAGGUCUCCUUCAUUAACACCUCCUGUGUGUGUAACCCACCUAAUGUCCUGGCAGGGGGAUUGUGUUUCCUUCCAGACAGCCUCCCCACCAAUGUGAAUCCCAGUGUCAGUUAUGCUCAGUUGAAGUUCAGUGUCCAGUCUGAAUGGUUCGUGAAAAACCUGUACUCCUCAUCAGCAGCCUGCCUUGUCUUCUCCAACCUGACAGCGUGCCAGGCUCUCGGGAACAUGUGUGUGAUGAACAUGCACUCCUUCAGCGGCGUGUCCACCGAUGCCUGUGGACUCUUUAACACCGUCUUCAGAUCUAGAGCUGCUUUAAGCUCAACUCAAGACAUUUCCUACUGGAGAGUUAAUCUGCCAUGGCUUUACUACGGGGACGAGCCAGGACUGGCCAGUCGAGUGCUUCAGACUGAUCCUGUACCCAUUGGGUUCAGUUUCAGAGGAAGAAACAAGAACACUGACAUUAAGCUGCUUGCUGCUGUCUAUAAUGUCAGAGGAGAGUUCCUCAGAUGGGAACAAGUGGGAGGAGGUAAUCUCCAGCUUUGUCCCGAAACAACCACCAAACAGGCGGCAGCCUUCAGCUUUGGAACCACUUACCAACAAAGUUGUGAUCUCUCAGUAGCAGAGCUGAUGGAUGCCCAUCCCGAGCCGUUGUUCUAUGAUGUGUUUAUGGAUCUCGGUGGAGUAGAGAACAGAAAACUUCUCCCCCUGCCUACACUAGUCUAUAACCAGCAAUACAAUGGACGGUUCAUCAACCAAGAGAGCGUGAAUAACUGGUACCUGUCUAGACGUAUGUUUCUUGUCGACGCCCUGAGUGGAAGAGAGAAAAGCAUGAGUGCCUUGCCUAAAGUCAUCCGUGUUGCUAGCAGUGUCAAAAUAAGGUUUCAGCUAGUUCCACGAACUCAGCAAGGACAGGUAUUUCCCCCUCUAAUGACUGUGACCUACAAAGAUGUUCCCAUCACGGAUGUCAAUACACAAACUGUAUCUACAACGUUUGCUGUGGAGUAUGAGAUGGAUCAGAAUGAAGCUCGCAUAAAGACAGACACUGCUCUGGGUGUGAUGGGUGGUGUGGCCGUGCUCUACUCUCUGCUGAAGACAGUCAGCUGGAAGAGGAGGAUCGCCUCUCCGCUCAUUGAUGUGGAGACUAUGAUGAAGUUUUUGUUGUUUUAUGCCGGAGAUCUGGCCAAUGUUUUCUUUGCCGUCACUGUGGGAACUGGACUUUACUGGCUCAUCUUUUACAAGGCCCAACAGUUUGUAUCAGUGCUGUUACCACUACCUGCUCAGGAGGAGCAGUUUGUGAUGUACAUCGGCUGUGCCUUCGCUCUCAAGGCUGUCCAGUUUCUCCACAAGCUCAUCCUUCAGGUGACAGUUGAUGUAUUCUUUAUUGACUGGGAGAGGCCACGAACCAAAGGUAGCAGGACAGUGCAAGCAACUGGUGAGAUCAAGAGCGACCCCUCCCCGGUCAGCAUCUGGAGGACCUACUUUGUGGCCAAUGAAUGGAACGAGAUCCAGACCACCCGCAAGAUCAGCCCAACUUUUCAGAUCAUGGCUGUGCUCUUCUUUCUUGAAGUGCUAGGUUUCUCUAACCUGGCCCUGAGGGACCCCUGGUCAACUUUAGAGCGCUCCUCACAGUUGUACACACCUUCAUACAGUCUGAUCCUGCGCUACGGUCUGGCAGCCACGCUGUGGCUCUGCAUCGGACUUCUGCAGGUGAUUUUCUUCACUGUGUUUUAUGAGCAUUUCGUUGAGGACAAAAUCCGUCAGUUUGUAGAUCUCUGCUCCAUCAGUAAUAUUUCUGUGCUGCUGUUGUCUCACCGUUGUUUUGGCUACUACAUCCACGGGCGUUCAGUGCAUGGGCAUGCAGAUACAAAUAUGGAGGAAAUGAACAACAAUCUGAAGAGAGAAAGUGAGUCCCUGUGUGGUAAAAGAGGUUUACUUCCCAACACAGAGGUCCAGACCUUUCAGGUGUCUCUUACCAAUCGUCUGCGGAUGCAGUAUGACAGGAUACGGGAGCCACUCAGCAGGAGGAGUGGGCCAUCACGGCUGAUGGACGCAUGCUCGGGGAACCAGUUUGAACAGAACACCAGAGGCUACCAAACUAUGAACCACUUCCUGGGAUCCAUAAUAGAGCAUGCCCACCCUGACAUGGACUAUAUAGUGAAGGACAAGCUGAUGUUUGAGAGGGUCAUAGGGAUGGAGUUCCUUGAACCCAGUGAAAAAAGCAUCUUUUACAAUGACGAGGCCCACUCCUUCAGUGAUGUGCUGUUUUAUGGAAAUGAGGCCACACUGCUGAUCUUUGACACGUUGUUCUUCUGUGUCGUCGACCUUGGAUCUCAGAGCUUUGUGCUUGCAGCCGUGCUUACAUACGUACAGCAAAUGAUAUUUCGCUUGAUCCGUAACACUCUAGGAAGAAGGAACCUCGUCAACAAGACUCUGGUGGAUAAGAGAUUUCUGAUAUGAAGUUCCCUGCUUAGUAUUUGGUCGCGCCAGUGUUGUUUGUGGCAUUUUUCUCAAAGACGUUUACUGUUCACAGCUUGUGCAACUUUUUAUGCUUUUCUUUACAUAUACUAUAUUUUUACUGCUGUUUCAUGUUGUAAAUUUCAUAAUUUUGUAAAGAUGUUGGUGUUUUUAUUGAUUAAAAUGUUUUGAUAUGAA